GUGCCUAUUCACGCAGCGAAAAAAUCGCCGCGAUUGGAGGUCACGUGGUCAUUCGCUGUUCGCUAGCGAGUAAUCGCUAUUCGCUGGAUUUUUUCAGCUUUUAACGAAUAUUCGCCCUCAGCAAGGUGAAAGUCAGCAAGAUACAAAUGUGUAAAGAAACAUCAGUUGUUAUAAAAUGGAAUCGACAGAGAAUUUUAUAAUAUAUGCAUGCGGCAUAUGCGAACAACAAUGUCAAAUAGAUACCAUCAACACUCAUCCGUGCGUUGUAGGAUAUGAAAAUAUUAUUAUAACCGAAUCUAAUUAUUUUUACCCUCAGACAGCUGAUGGUGAGGUUAUAGAAAAAGGUCAGAGUUGUGUUCCAAGUAUUAUGGAAAGUACAAGACAAAAUAUUGACACGGGUAAUGAUAACAGUGCUGUCACAAUUGCAUCAAUAGAGGAAAUGUUAAUAGCUGCUGUGCAAGAACGUCCUCCCUUAUGGAAUUAUAAAGAUUUUUCAGCGUCACAACGCACAAAAGCAAUUAAAGACAAACUGUGGCAAGAAAUUGAGGAUCUUCUCAAUACUAACAAAGAAAAAAGAGAGCCUUAUAUACUUACAAGGGAACCUCGCGAAGUGGAAAAUUCUGACUUUAAUAUAACUUUUCACACAUGUAAGGGGAGUAAAAAGAUGAAUUUAGAUAUUUUUUGUAGCGGCCUAAAAACGGUUUUAAGGGGUGAAAUCACCUCUCAUAUGUAGAGCGGUUUUUUGCUUUUCUCGAUAUACUUCGAAAAGUAUUCGAGAUAUAAAAAAAUGUUUCAAAUAAAAGUUUUAUGGUAAAAUCUCUUCUAUUCAACAACAUUAAUAUAAUAUUUUUAAAAAAUAAUUUUUUAAACAAAAUUUUUUUUUUUUAAUUUUUUUAAUGUGGUUAAAUAGAGAUGUUUUUACAACAACCGCUCUUACCCAUGCCUGAAAUAAAAGAGAAGGAUGAAAUUUGUAGUUUUUGUUUAACAAUGGAUAGAAAAUUGCGAAAGUUACCUCUAAAAAAAGUAAAUAUGGCAAUGUUUAAAAUGUAUGAACUUCUUUUUAAAAUUGAAAAUGAAGAUAAUUUUAUGUAAGCAAACAAUUGGUUUUUUUAAGUUUAUCUAUAUAUAACAACACUUAUAGGAAAAACUCAUACGUGUAAAAUUUAGAAAUAUAUACCUGUAGAAAUAUAUAUCUUUAGAAAUAUA